AUGGUGGAUGGAUGGUCCACUGCCCAUGGUUGUGGAGCUGGGAUCAUCUUCCAGUCACCAGAGAGGGACAAAUUUGAAUAUGCUAUGAAAUUUCAGUUCCAUGCUUCGAACAAUGAAGCAGAGUAUGAGGCUCUCUUAGCCGGCAUCAAAAUGUGCAAACCGGCUGGGGUCCUGAAAAUUGGAGCAAAAACGGACUCUCUACUGGUGGUCAGUCAAGUCAAUGGAGAUUUUGAAUGCAAAAAAGCAUCCAUGAGUAAGUACAUGAAUUUGAUCCAGGAGAAAAUAAAGACAUUAAAGCGGUUUGUGCUCGACCAAGUGCCAAGGUCGGAAAAUCAUCAAGCAGAUGUUCUCUCCAAGCUAGCCAGUUCGACUGAAGGAGAUGUGCCAAUAACUGUGUUCUGGGAGGUCAAGUCGGCCAAGAGCAUUGAUCCAAAGGAGGUCCUAUUUCGAAGCCGCGAAAACGAGUGGUGA